GACAGUUUUUAGUUCGCACCGCCUAGUUAGUCACCGUGAAGCGAAUGGAAACUGAAGGAGUGUGAUUUCCUCGUGUGAAGCCGAUUCCUCAGAUGAUGGCUAAUUUGAUUUUGGUCCAUAACACGGCGAAGUAAAUUUAUGGAUUAAUCUACCAUGACGGCACGCACGUAUUAAGCUAUUUGGACACACUCACAAAUGUUUUUAUAUCCACAUAAUAUAUUUUCACUCAUUUCCUCCUGGUCACAUGUAACUUAACGCAAUCCUCUGUGACAUUGCCAUCAUGUUGCCAUCAAAAAUUAUACCGACACUUGUUUCCUUUAUGGUGGGUUUAAUAUCAUCUGGUUUGAUCAUUGGAACUGCUUACAAACUCUACGGUUAUGGAGUGAAGAAGCUGCGAAAAAGCCGCCGGAGCGACGAUGGUUCUGAAGAUGAAGAUGAAAUUUUCACUGAAGUUCUUAUGUUUCCCGAUAAACACAUUGCGUGUAAGAACAACUUUCUACUGGAAUCUGGUUGUGUACGCGCUGACUGUUCUUUGUCCCAUUACAAAACUUCCUUAAGUGAAAUCUAUCGACGUCUAUGUGCAGCUAAAAAAUAUAUAUGUGUCUGUGUUUUUCACAUAACUUACAAGGAUCUUGUAGAUAUUUUAAUUGCCAUGAGUAAGAGAGGUGUCUGUAUUCAGGUGAUAACUGAUGAUGAAAAAACUGACGGUGAAUCUCAAGUAGACCGACUUAGAGCAAACAAUAUUCCAGUACGUACUGACCACUCAUCGUCAUUCAUGCAUCAUAAAUUCACAGUUAUUGACCGAAAAAUUGUAAUUCAUGGUUCCUUUAACUGGACUUUCAGUGCCAUCAAUGGUAACCUGGAGAAUGUACUGAUAACCAAUGAUUCAGAUAUUGUACAAAAUUUUCAAAGAGAAUUUGAUUUACUUUGGACCAAGUUUGACAUGACCAAUAACCAGAAACAUACAAAUGGUUGUAUAAAGCAUAUAAAACUUUGAUUGUAGAGCAUUAUAGAUAUAUGUCAUCUAGAUUUUUCAAAUUUAUUUUUAAAAAAUGAUCUUUCCUAUCAUAGUUAAUUCCUCAUCUGGAAUCAUAUCACUCAGUGCUCAAUGAUGAUAUACAGCUUAAGUCUUGUUUACCUUGCAAGUUAGCUGUUGGUUUUGGCUUAUAUACUGUGGCUUAUAACAACUUUUCUAUGGGAAAGAUUAUUAUGUUUCUAAGAAUUACCAUAGAAAUGACUGUACUGUAGAGAUUCAGUCUUCUGCCAUAUUACAAAAGAGCUUGUCUUAAGAUCUGAACCUUUUAAAUUGUUUUCUUUAUCAGACACUGAUCAUUGAGAAACUUGCAAACCUUAACAUCUAUUCACUUAAAUGCACAGCGGAAAGCAUUAUGGUGUUGCAAAAUUAACUGUGAAUAGAAUCCAAGGCUUGUUUGAAGAGUUGUAUAUUGAUGGGGUAGUAUGGACUAUUGAUAGGAUACAAUAGACUGAUUAUAAUUUGAAUUUAAAAUGUUAAUCUAGCAAACACCACUAAUUUUUGACUAUUUAACACACACACACAUAUACACACACACACAUACAAUGUUAUGUAAUAGCUCUUGUUCAGAUUCAACAUCUUUACUUAUCACAGAAAUCUUGGUUUUAGUUGUAAAUACAGAUGUUGAAGUGGAACAACAUAUAUUAUAUAAUGCUGUGAAACUUGCUAUGCAUCAUUAAUAAUGAAACUGUAUGUAUUGUAUUCUUACAUAUUACAUACUCUAAUUAAAAUUGAGGGCUUUAAUUUUUGUUCAUAUCAUCAUCAUCAUCAUAUAUAUAUAUAUGUAUGUGUGUGUGUGUGUAUGUAUAAAUAUUUACAGGGUGGCCCAAAAGUUGCUGAAGGGUUUUAAUUUUUAAUAACUCCCUUAUUUUUACAAAUAGGUGUAUGAAAUUUGAAUUCAAUAUAGAGGAGAUAGUGAAGAUUAAUUUGCAUUACUCCUUUUUCAUUAUACCUCUGCAUUAUGUAUGGAAAAUGACAUCUUUUAAAUAGCUUCACACAUUUUCAGUUUCACACAUUCAUACCCUUUCCAAAAUAUGUUCCAUGACAGUUCUAAGGGUUUCAGGGUUCAGUUCCCUGAUCUCUCUAGUGAUAUUUUCCUUCAAUUGUUCUAAGGAUUUCUGGUUUGUUAACAUAAACUUUCUCCUUGAAGUGCCCCAACAAGAAGAAAUCAGGAUUGGUCAAGUCUGGGGAAUGUGAUGGCCAGUUGAUGUCACAGUAGCAAGAGAUGAUUCUUUCUCCAAAACAUUGCCUCAACAACUGUAUUGUCUUUCUUGCGGUAUGAGCAGUUGCCCUAUCUUGCUGGAACCACAUAUCGGGCCUGUUUUGAAUGGCUGGGCGCAAAAAAGUUCUUGAUCAUGGACCUGUAUUGCUCACCAGUCACAGUGACAGCAUUCCCAUCAUUGUUCUCAAAGAAAUAAGGCUUUAUGGGAUGCAAUUCUCUUUGGUGCUUUCUGGGUUUGAAUAACAGACCCCUGAUUUUGAUAGAACAAUUUCACCACUUGGGUGUGUUGUGCAGUGCCGUGUUUUUUCAUAAUUAAUUUCCAGGUUCUAGUCCAUAAAAUCCCUGAAAAGUAAAGAAAAA